AUGCAGACUUUAUCUUCACAUCAGGAGGUUAGUUGUGAUAAGGAGGGGCUUUUACCGAGCGAUAUUUUGCGUGCAUGUUCCAAUUCUCGUGCUGUUUUUAAAGAUUCUGGGGGCUCUUUUUCUGCUAUAGGGGUUAGCUUAGGUGGCACCUCUUCGAUAGUGGAUGGCGUGUCCACACCUCUGUUCCCUUGUCCCCCACUACCACCAGUUUUGCGGGAUCAUGUUCCUUUUUCUCCUAUCUGUUCUUCCCACGUCUCUCAGCCGAAUUCUCUGGAGUUACCUCCGGUUGUGCCCGAUGUAUCCUUGCAUCCAUCGGCGGCAGAAACAGUGGCUUCAACUUCGGGGUUUCUCUCUGUUCUUGGGGAACUUCACUCUGGGGAUGGACAGUUGGAGGUUUCGGGAGUUUAUCUUUGGAGGAUUCUCGAUCGGAUGAUGUUGUGGUUUCUCAUCCCUCUUCUGUUGGCCAUGUUGUUUUCUCUACCCCAUAUCUCCGGAAAUGUAAGAAACAAGCUAGCCGUACAUCUUCGGGUCCUACUCAUCCAACUUUGGUUAUUGGCAAAAGGAAAUCGGGGGCUGCAAAAUCCCAGGCGGGUAGGGAGACUGUUUCAAAGAAACUUAAGGCUUUGGCGGUGGUUGGCACCCAGCCUCGCCUGCCGUUAUGAAUCUAUUAAGUUGGAACUGCCGAGGGCUUGUUAUAUGGAUCAUGUUCGUCACCGUAUUGGUUUUGAUAGUAUGUUUGUUGUUGACCCGGUGGGCAGAAGUGGUGGUCUUGCUCUUCUUUGGAAGGAAGCUCAUCUUUUGGAUAUUUAUAAUUUUUCUCGUUUUCAUAUUAAUGUGGUGGUGAAGGCUGAUGGGGGUAUUGAUCCAUGGCGUUUUACGAGUUUCUAUGGCCAGCCAGAUAGUACCCGUCGUAUGGAGUCAUGGGCUUUGCUUAAUCAUCUCAAACCUCUCCAACCUUUGCCUUGGAGGGCUUUGGAAGAUUGUGAGCUAUGUGAUCUUGGUUAUAUUGGUCCACAAUUUACAUGGACUAAUGGUUGCUCUGAUGCCAAUUAUACUCUUGAGAGAUUGGAUUGGGGCGUGGCUAAUAGUGCUUGGUUUAAUCUUUUUCAGCAAGCUUCCGUUACUGUGCUAGCUACUUCAGUCUCAGAUCACAAUCCGGUUCUUGUUUCUUUCGCUGAAUCUAUGGAAGAGAGGGUUCUUUUGCGGCGCAGUUUUAAGUUUGAGGCUGGUUGGAUGAGGGAUGAAGAUUAUGGAAAUCUUGUACAGGAAGCAUGGACUGGGGGGGACUUUAGGUGGGGAACCGAAAUUAAGAAGGUUCAAAAUGAAAUUUCAGACAUGUUAGAAAGAGAGGAUAUGCGAUGGAAGCAGCGGGCUAAACAAAAUUGGUAUGUUAAUGGGGACCGCAAUACCAAAUAUUUUCAAUCUUGGGCAAAUCAAUGUCGAAAGUCCAAUUCUAUUCGGACGCAGCCUAGGGGAGUUGAAGAUUUUUUGGAGACUUUGGAACCGCGGGUUACAGAGGCUAUGAAUAGGAAUUUGUGUCGGCCUUUUAUUGAAGAGGAGGUCCAGGUUGCUGCCCCAACCCGUGUUACUGAAUAUCGGCCGAUCAACCUAUGUAACGUGCUUUAUAAGAUUAUUUCUAAGGUGAUUUCUAACCGACUUAAAGAUGUUUUGGCUCAUAUUAUAUCCUCGGAACAAAGUGCUUUUAUUCUAGGGAGACUAAUCACGGAUAAUGUUUUGGUGGCUUUUGAAACCCUCCACACAAUGGAUACACGGUUGAAAGGUAAGGAGGGAUUUAUGGCCAUGAAGCUCGAUAUGAGUAAGGCCUAUGAUCGGCUAGAAUGGGAUUUUCUGGAAUCCAUUAUAAGGAAGCUUAGAUUUGUCGACAGAUGGAUCCAUCUAAUUAUGUCUUGCUUACAGACGGUUUCCUAUUCUAUUCUACUCAAUGGUCAACCCACAGGCCACAUUGUUCCUACUCGAGGUAUUCGCCAAGGUGAUCCACUAUCCCCUUAUCUUUUCAUUAUAUGUGCGGAAGGUUUGAGUUCUAUGCUGAAAAGAUCUUCUAGGGAAGGUGCAAUUACAGGUGUACCUAUUUCUAGAGGCGGAACAAGAAUUCAACAUCUCCUUUUUGCGGAUGAUAGCCUAAUUUUCUGCCCGGCUAAUUGUAUGGAAAGGGAUCACAUUCAUUGGUUGCUUGGUAAGUAUGAGGAGGCUUCAGGGCAACAAAUUAACAGGGACAAAACGGGCUUGUUUUUUAGUUGGAAUACUAAGGCUGCGGUUCAGGGCAACAUUGUAGAAGGGACGGGAGUAAGUUCCACUGGCUGUUAUGAAAAGUAUCUUGGUCUUCCCACUCUUAUAGGGAGAUCUCGAGUUUCUACUUUUAAUGGCAUCAAUGAUCGUAUUUGGAAACGUAUCAAUGGUUGGAAAGAAAAGUUUUUGUCCCAUGCCAGGAAGGAAAUUCUUCUAAAAUUGGUAAUUCAAGCGAUUCCUACCUACACCAUGAGUCUUUUUCGUCUCCCGAGAACCUUAUGUCGCGAAAUAAAUUCCAUGAUGGGUAGAAUGUGGUGGGGUCAUAAGGAAAAUCUUGGUAAGAUUCCGUGGAUGGCUUGGAAUGGGAUGGGGAGGGGUAAGUUGGAUGGGGGUCUUGGCUACUGUGAUUUCAUUAGCUUCAACAUUGCCAUGCUUGCCAAACAAGCCUGGCGUUUGACAAUUUUUUCAGAGUCUUUGGUAGCAAAAAUUCUACGUGAAAAGUACUAUCCAGGGAAAGAUUUUAUCAAUUCUUCUGUAGGCUCUAGACCUUCAUAUGACUGGAGGAGUAUUUGUUUUGCAAAAUCAUUGCUUAAUGAUGGUCUGAUUUGGAGAAUUGGUGAUGGCAAGAAGAUAAAAGUUAAGGGCGACAAAUGGAUUCCCACUACUCAUUCACACAAGAUACAAGUCCCUUUACCGGGCAUCAGUCCAGAAGCUAGAGUGUGUGAUUUUAUUGACUAUGAUUUGAACUGGUGGAAUAUACCUUAG